AUCAAUUUGUGCAUUUUAUAUUCAACGAAUGCUAUGUGUUGUGAACCAUAGAGACAUCAUAAACACACAUCUCCACUUUUUCGUUUUGUUCUUGUUCGUGUUGUGUCUAGUAGUAGCACAUUGACACCCCCAAUUGGACCAUGAAGAACAAAAGGGCAAGUAGAAGGGACAAAAAGGAGAUCAAAGUCACUUAUAUUUCGAGCCCCGUGAAGGUGAAGACCAGUGCCUCUAAUUUUAGGGCACUCGUGCAAGAACUCACUGGCCAAUACUCCAAUGUUGCUGAAACCUCCAUGCCCAUGGAAGAAGAAAAUGAACACUUGCAGAGACUGGUUCACAAUAAAACCCUUCAACGUGAGGCUCAACAAUGGAGGGUGGAUGAGUGCACCAACUUGACUAUGAGACCUGAGUAUAGUGAGUUUCUCUCGAGAUCUUUCAUGGAGCCAUUCAACCAACAACAACUUCAAUACGAUUUGAUGAGUUUUGACAUGUCGUAGGUUUUGGUCUUGUUCCAUAUCCAUCGAUAUAUAUAAAAUAUGAACCUCUAUGUUUGUUUUUGAUC